AUGACUUACAUAAAAUCUUGGGAAGAAUUUGAAAAAAAAGGAGAACGACUUUAUCUACAAAACCCUAUUAAGGCCAGAUACAGAAUGAAAUACGUCCAUAAAGAUGGUUUACUAUAUUUAAAACUUACAGAUGAUAUUCAGUGUUUGCAAUACAAAACUGAGAUAGUUCAAGACUUAAAAAAAAUUGAAAGAUUCAUUACUAAUUUAAUGAAACAUAUGGCAUCGAAAGAAGCGAGUUAA